AUGUGAAUAAAUUUGUGAGAGUUUGUGAGUUUUCCAACAUUAUCAGCCCUUUAUCACAAUCGGAAAAUUGUAUGUCGCAGUCCAGCGAGACGCAGCCACAGGAAGACAUUGAACGAGCAAUGGGUGGUGCCGAUGAGCCAAUGCCGCAGCGAUUGCCCCCCAUCGAUCGGACUUCAGAUCGUUAUCCAUAUUGCAUUGUUUGGACCCCGAUACCAGUGCUGACCUGGAUAUUACCAUUCAUCGGGCACAUGGGAAUUUGUAUGAGCAAUGGAGUUAUUCGGGACUUCGCUGGACCGUAUCUGGUCACCGAGGAUAAUAUGGCAUUCGGGCGUCCCACACGCUAUAUGCGCUUGCAUCCGAAAAAUGUCGAAGGCGGCUCCUAUGCCUGGGAUGAGGGCGUCACCAAGGCCUCGGUACUCUAUGGCACUCGUAUGCAUAAUCUCUUCUGUGAUAAUUGCCACUCGCAUGUGGCCACAGCGCUUUGCAAUAUGCGCUACUUGAAUCGCACCAGCUGGAAUAUGAUUAUUUUAUGCUUCUGGAUGUUCCUUUGUGGACAAUAUGUGAACUUUUGCGGCUUCGUCAAGACCUGGUUGCCGUUUCUUAUAUUAAUAACCAUUAUAGUUUUACUCGCUGUGUACUUCUAAAAUAUACAACUAAUCCAGUCUCUCUAGAACUACAUAAGUAUUCUUAAGAUCCAUGUUUAUUCGAGUGUAAUUUAUUUAAAUAUACAAAGCUGCUAAGUACUAA